GACAGAGAGACAGACCUCAGCAUCCAUGGUGCCUACGCAGACAGCUGUUUAACAGACAGCUGAAAGUGAGGGAUCCAAGGAGUGAUGAAGGGUUACUGGUAUACCUCUCUCUUUAUCUUCUUCAUAUUUUAUGGGACCAGCCAGUGCAGGAACACACAAACUGCAGGUCUGACCUGUGUGAGUGACUAUGUGACCAACAUUUCUUGUGUGUGGUGGAACGCUACAGCUUUCUCUGACCAGCGAUGUGUGCUUGCGGGGAAAUGUAACUUAAAAAGAUGUGUUUGUAGAUCGUGUGAACUAGUGGCACUGAGCAAUCAAUCGCAUGCUAAGAGAAGUUGUUCUUUAAGCUUUCAAAAACCUCUCUUCUUUUAUCUUAACACAUUCUGGUUGAAUGUAACCUGUAAUGGAUCUGUCAUCACUAAACUGUAUUAUCAGCCUAGCCUACACACGAUUGCGACGUUUGUUUGCGAGUCUGUUCGUGUGUUUGGUGAUGCAACAGUUAAAACCCAACCCCCAGAUAUGCCCACUGUAAGUGGAGACAAAAUAACUUGGAGUAAAGGCAGUAACUUUCCAGAAAACCUAAAAGAUUAUGAAUUUCAGAUGCAGUUUAAAGCCUUACAUAUAAGCUGGGAGAUGACAGCACAUUACAAUGUCACUCAGGAAAAUUACGUGGCGCUGGACCAUAAUAAACUGACUGUAGGAGAGGAGUACCAGGCCAGGGUGCGUGUGAAGCCUGUUGAGCCCACUAGAGAUUAUUAUUUUCGGGGGCAAUGGAGUGACUGGAGUCCUGCUGUGUGCUGGAGAUCUGAGAUUGGAGAGCCACCAGUGAAAUCAGGAGAUGAUGCAUCUCCACCAGGUGGGCCUCUUGUCAGCCCAAUAACCGUGUGUGCAGUGUGA